AUGAAAACAUCAUCACACACCAAAAACUCACAGGCCUCACCCACUCCCGUCCCCACGCCAGAGCGUAUAAACUCCAUCUGCCUUUCCUUCUACGAUAUUAACACACCCGAGGCCCCUGAACGCUUGCUACAGUCGCAAAGUCCAAACGCCCCGUCUACUUGGAAUUCGAGUGCUGAACACAACCUCAACCAAGCACAUUUGGCACAUAAUUUACCAGAACCGGCUUGA